GCAGCCUCGUCCCUGUGUUGACAUCCAACCAGCCCUAAAGCUCACAUAUAAGCCGUUUUAUGAUUCGUCCCUUGCGUUGACAAAGAGCCAAUAGGAUCGGCUGUACUUCUUUUUUGUAAUACCCUCACUACUGUUACCAGGAUGCUAUGCUGUUUUGGCUCCCGCUGUUGAUGAAGAAUUCUAUUCAUGUAGACCAGUGCCGUGCGGUGAGCUCGUAGCUGGCUUUCAGAGUCAGAUAUGUGAAAAAUAUGUGAAGUCAAUAGAGUUUAUUAAAACAUAAUUCAAUUGGCAGCUUGCACAUUGACUACUGGUUGUUUUUCAUAUUUUAUCUCAGCAUUCUUCACACACACCUAUGAUAGGUACAACGAGUUGGCAGUUGGUAGCUAGAGAACUCGUGUUAAUAACUGGUAGGCUAAUAUAUUAUUUCAUGCGAAGAUGCACAGGCACCCUGAGGAUUUUUACCUUUACCCAUUGAAAUACAAUGAGUUAAAUCGGGGAAACUAUAACAUCAGCUCGAUAACUAGCUAUCAUUACAUGCGAAUUGAACGCUUCCAUUUAAAUCGUUUAGGUUAUUUAAGUCUCUUGAGCUAGCUAGCAUAGCAACUAGAUAACUAUAGCAACCAAAAAACACAACUUUAGCUGCACAGUUUAAUUUCUCAAACUCAGCUCACCAAUACAUAAAAAAAAAGAUCGUUGGGUUCAAAGUGAUCACAACGACGUUGUAUGAUGUUAAAUGGAUGACAGACAUUAAACAAUCCCCUCGGAAACACUCGGAUAUCAAUGUAAUCUUGGCUAAUAAUUAAACGUACUGGUGGCUUUCCAUUCGUCUGCAUUUGCAUUGUUGUAUUUUGUGGCAGAUUCAUGGGGGUAAAUCAUUAUGGUUACAUACUGUUACAUAUAUAUAUCGGGGUAAAAUCCAUCAAGCAUCUUUGUAACACAGCAGGGAGGCAUUAUACAGGAGGGAAUAUUUCCUCACUUGCAUCUUUGUUACAGAGCAGGGAGGCAUUAUACAGGAGGUGCUAAUUUCUCACUAGCUCCGCUUUGUGAGGGAUUGCUCAAUCUGACGUGAGGCGCCGCUCUUUGCCUUACCCCGCUUGUCUCCUCUGCUCAGGUCACGAGCAAAUUCAGCUAUUUUGGUUAUAAAAUUAUUUAAGAUCAUUGGAAUCAUACAAAAAUUACAUUUAUAGCACAGAUAAGUAGAACAUAUUAAUAUCUGGGUUUUUUUCAUUAUAUAAUUUAACAUAUGUGUUGUGUUUUUAUUAUCUUAAUUUCUAAUGGACCAAUGAUAAUUCGUGAAUACACUAUGCCCGCGAAAUCGCGGAGCGAGCUGUCAGUUGAAGUCUAUCAAAAAUGGAUGGUGAACGUACUUGUCCUCCGCUGAAAAAGCGGCGAAUUUCUGAACAGCGCUUCAAGCUAGAAUAUAACGCAGAAUGGCCGACCAUCACCCGGUCGAAGCUGGACGACUUCCACGCUUACUGUAUGUUGUGUAAGACAGAUUUUAGCGUGAGGCAUGGGGGCCGACACAACGUUGAAAAGCACAUCAGGACUGCUAAACACACGUCAUACAAGGCGGCAGUGGAAGCUACAAGGCCCAUCGCGGGCUUCUUUACGGUUGACAGUGACACCAGUGUCAUAAAUGCCGAAGUGCUCGCUGUGGACUUUCUGGUGGAACACAACAUCCCGAUCGCGGUGGCCGACCACAUCGGGCCACUGGUGAAAAAGAUGUUUCCGGACUCGAAAAUCGCUGGAAAGUAUGGGUCUGGUCGCACAAAGAGCAGCGCCAUUGUUGGAGCUCUUGCCAAGGAGGAUGCGUCUGUGAUCACGGAGGCAAUGAGGACAGCUCCAUACUCCCUAGCCACGGAUGGGAGCACUGACUAUGGAGACUGUAAGCUGUAUCCUCUUGUUGUGAAGUACUUUGAUCGAGGACUUGGGCGUGUUCUGACAGUACUCCUAUCUUUGCCAGAGUGUCAUGAGGCAUCUACUGGGCAGAACAUAUUCAAACUCAUUGACAAUGAACUUGAGAAACGUAGCAUAUCCUGGGACAACUGCAUGAGUUUUGGGGCAGAUAAUGCCAUGGUGAUGCAGGGACUCAAAGCUGGCACGGCAGGCUACAUCAACAAAAAAAACAGUGCAGUAUAUGUGCUGGGAUGCCCGUGCCAUCUAAUUCAUCUAGCUGCAGAAAAAGCUGCUGCUCAGCUUCCAGUGUCCAUUGAAGAGCUGCUGGUGGACAUAUACUUCUACCUAGAUAAAUCCAGCAAGAGGAAACAGGGACUGAAGAAAUUUCAGGAUCUGUGUGGAGUGGAAAUGAGAAAGAUUGUUAAACAUGUAAGUACGAGGUGGCUCUCUUUAGAUAAAUGCAUCGCCAGGUUGUUGCAGCAGUGGCCUGCAUUGCUGCAAUACUUUGAGUCAGAACAGUCUGGUCACAGCAGCAAGGACAAGACCACGCAGAGCAGCAGCAAGGACAAGACCACGCAGAGCAGCAGCAAGGACAAGACCACGCAGAGCAGCAGCAAGGACAAGACCACGCAGAGCAGCAGCAAGGACAAGUCCACCCACAGUGUUAGCAAGGACACAUCAACCCACAGUAGCGGCAAGCAAGGACAAUUCUCACCCAAAACAUCUAGCACUGCACCCACUCAGCCCAAGACAUCUAGCACUGCACCCACUCAGCCCAAUACAUCUAGCACUGGAGCCACUCAGCCCAAGACAGGGGCACAACAGAGAGUGCAGAGGGCAUGUCAACAUCUGCAGGACCCAACAUUCCAUCUUUACUGCUACUUUCUAAGUGCGGUCCUGCCAAUAUUUGAUGAGGCCAACACUCUGCUGCAGCUAGACAAACCCUGCAUACAAAUACUACACAGGACUUUGACCACACAGCUGAAGAAUCUCUUGAAACGAUUUGUGAAGCCUCAGGUGAUCAAUGCAGCUGCUAAGGUUCACCAGGUACCAUUCAGGGAACCAAGCAACCAGAAGAGCAAUGAGACCUUGUUCAUUGGGCAAAACACCAGAGACUUCAUAAGAGAUCACCCUGAGCUUGAGGAGCUGCAGCUUGCCCAGGUCUUCAGCGCUGUGCGGGCAUUCUACAUGAAGGCUGUUGAGUACAUGGUGAAGAGGUUUCCCUAUGAUGACCCAGUGAUAAGGAAUGCUUCUGUGGCUGACAUGUCUGCACGGGACAGCGCAGACUUCAAUUCUGUGAGGUACUUCACAGGCAGAUUCCCCUGCUUGAAGAUGAGUGCUGAGGAGAUGGACAAGCUUGAGGGUCAAUUCAUGACCUACCAAACCGAUGCUCUGCCAGAAAGCAUCACCAGCUGUGACAGACCAGACACACAGUGGCACCUGAUGAGUCAGCUGAAGGAUGGAAAUGGCCAUCUCAAGUACCCUUUACUCUGCAAGGUAAUGCUGGCUAUCCUCUGCAUCUUCCAUUCCAAUGCAGACUGCGAACGCAUCUUCAGUCUUGUCACAAAAAACAGAACGGAGUUCAGACCUAGUAUGGGAAUGGAGACCCUGAGUAACCUCAUUACCCACAAACAAUUCAUGGUGGCAAAGGGGUCUGUCUGCUACAAGCAGGCGUACUCCAAGACAACUCUUGCCAAGGCCAAGUCAGCAACCUAUGACCAUCUAAAGUGA